AUGUUAUCUGCGUCUACGUGGGUACCAAGAGGCUACGCUGCUGAGUUUCCAGAGAAAUACGAAUUGGAUGAUGAGGAAAUGGAGAGAAUUACCGCCAUGGCUAAACUCCAGCUUGGAGAUAAUGCACAUGAAGAAGAUGAAGACCAAGAAGACACUCAUAAGGCUCAAGCAUUAAAAGAAGAUAUCGAGAUUGAUGACGACUUGAAAGCAUAUGACUUAGAAAACUACGAUAACGAUGAAGAGAGCGAAGGCGAAGAUGUUACUAUGUUACCAGGAUUAUCAGGGACCUCUGCUAAAUAUCAUGAAGGUGAAGAUGGACAAGAUCCAUACUUGAGUCUUCCAACCCAAGAAGAAACCGAAGAAGACAAAAAAGAAUUGCAAGUAUUCCCAUCUGAUAACUUGGUGUUAGCCACCAGAACUGAAGAUGAAGUCUCUUACUUGGAUGUCUAUGUUUAUGACGAUGGUGCUGGUAAUAUUGGACCCGACGACAUUGUAGAUGAUCCAGAAUUACAAAAAGGUUACAUGAGAGAAUCCUCUUUGUAUGUGCACCACGACUUGAUGUUGCCAGCAUUCCCGUUGACAGUUGAAUGGAUCAACUAUAGGCCUGGCUCGGACUCUGAAGACAAUAUCGGUAACUUUGCAGCCAUUGGUACGUUUGAUCCCCAGAUUGAAGUGUGGAACUUGGACUGUGUUGACAAAGCAUUCCCCGAUUUGAUCUUGGGAGAACCUGAGCCUGCAUCGGUGCCAACUGUCAAGAAAUCUAAGAACAAGAAGAAGAAGAAGUCAAAGUCUCAACAUGUAACAACCCACCAUACAGAUGCAGUUUUGUCUUUAAGCCAUAAUAAGAUCCACAGAAACGUAUUGGCAUCUACUUCUGCCGAUAAUACCGUUAAGUUAUGGGACUUGAACACCGGUGUGGCUGUACGGUCAUUCGAUUCGAUCCACUCCAAAAAGACUGUUUCAUCAUCGCAAUGGCAUCCUACUGAAUCAUCUAUUUUAUUGACCGGUGGUUAUGAUGGUACUUGUGGUAUAACUGAUGUAAGGUUGUCAGACGAAUCAGAAAUGACCAAAUCAUUCAAGGUUUCCUCGUCGGAAGAAGUCGAAGCUGUGAAAUGGGGUAUUAGUCCUGAAGUUUUCUACUGUGGAACCGAUAGAGGUAAUGUCUAUUGUUUUGAUGUCAGAAGGCCUGAACAACCUCUUUGGACAUUACACGCUCAUGAUGCUGGUAUUUCUUCCUUAGAAGUCAACUACUAUCUUCCUGGUAUGUUAGCUACUUCUGCCAUGGGUGAAAAGGUUGUUAAGUUCUGGAAGUACCCAGUGGAUAGUGAAUCUAAAAAGGGCCCUUCCAUGAUAUUAAGUCGUGAUUUCGGGGUUGGAAAUGUCUUGUCUACCUCUUUCUCCAACGAUAUCGAAGUUGCUGGUAAUAUUGUUGUUGGAGGUGCUGCUGUUGGUUUGAAGAUGUGGGAUUGUUUGAACAAUCGGUCUAUUCGCAGCUCUUUCAAAUCGGAAUUAAAAGACUUGCAAAAGCGUGCCAGAGAAGAGAGCGCUAAGCUCAAUAAGGUGUCAAGAGUAGCUAGCAAAUACCAAGGUGAGGAAAACUACAAUGAUAAUGUCAUCACCAUAGACCCAGAUAGUUCUGAGUCAGAGGAUGAAGAUGAAGAAUUGGAAGACGAAGCUUAG